AUGGCACUCAAAGAGGUAAAUGAGACAACUGUGUUAAACUUCUAUGAGGAGUUGAUAACUAGGUUUGGUGUUCUAGAAUCAAUAGUUUCAGAUAAUGCUCUUGCUUUUGUAGGAAGUAGAAUAUCUGAUUGGACAGUAAGGAAUGGUGUUUAUCUCAACACUUCAUCUAACUAUUACCCUCAGGGCAAUGGAAAAGAUGAGUCCACCAACAAGAACCUACUCAGGAUUAUUAAGAGGACCAUGGAAGGAAAUCAAAGAGCUUGGCAUACCAAGCUGAAAUUAGCCUUAUCGGCUGAUAGAAUUACACCAAAAAGAUCCACUGGAAUGUCACCAUACAUGCUUGUGUAUGGAAAAGAAGCAAGGCUGCCAAUUUCUCUUGAGCUUCCAACUCUUGAUCUAGUCAAUCAGCUUGAUAUGAUUGAAGAAGAGCCCAUGACAACAAGGUUGGCUCAACUAAUUGAGCUAGAAGAAGUUAGAAAUGAUGCAAUGAAGAAGAUUGAGCAUCACCAAGCUUAA